AUGGAGGCUGUGGCGACGGCCGCGGCCACCUCCUUGGUGGAGUGGAUGGUGCCUAAACUCUUUGAUUCCUUGCUGGCAAAGCACGAGCUCCGGAAGAGUCUCAAGAUCGACAUCAACUACAUCAAGAACGAGUUUGCUAUGAUUUCGGCCGUCAUCCAUAAUGAUGAUCGCCGCAGCGGCUGCCGUGGCGGCCGUGAAGAUGUGAAUAUGGUGUGGAUUAAUAUGGUGCGUGAAUUGGCGCACGCCAUAGAGGACUGCAUCGACCGCUUCAUGCACCGUGUGAGGGCCGACCAAGACACCGGGAGAGUGCGCCAGGCUUUCCACCGGGCAAAGACGAUGAAGGCCCGGAACAAGUUUGCUGCAGAGAUCCGACAGCUCAAGAAGAGAUCAGAGGAUGUAUUCAAGCUGAGAGACUCAUACAACAAUGCUAGCAGCAGCACAUCCUCACCAAGGCAGUCGUUGUCGUCUCAGCAGACAGACACGCCGACGGCAAUUGAGGACGACGAGGAUGGCACCUAUUCAGAGGCAUCCAUCGCCGUGCCCGUGGGUAUGGACACCCCCCGGGACGAGCUUCUGGAUCUGAUCCAGCAGGAGCAGAAGCUGAAAGUGAUUACCAUUGUGGGGUUCCAUGGUAUGGGGAAGACUCUUCUUGCAAAUCAUGUGUACAAGGCAAUUGAGAGCAAAAGCGAAUACGAAGCACGGGCUUGGCUCCCUCCAAGGAAACUAGGGGGGAGCGGGGCAGCCGCAGAUGUUCUCAAGGAGAUACUCUGGCAGCUUGGCCACCUUCCCCUGCCCACCAGUGGCGGUCUCACCCAGCUUAAGGCAAGCAUCAAAAAGUGCAUUGGCACCAAGAGGUUUUUCAUUGUAAUUGAUGACCUGCGGACAGUAGCAUACUGGCACGACAUAAAGAAGGCCUUCAUGGGGUUAAGCGGUAGAUUUCUAGUGACGACCGCCAUUCAGCACGUAGCAAAUACCUGCAGCAGCUCAGUUGUUCGUGAUCAUGUGUACACAAUGGCAACCCUUUCUGACCAACACUCAAGACAAUUGUUCUUCAAUGAAGCUUUCCAAGACGAUGAACCACCGCUGGAUGCAGAGGAGCUCGGCUCCGCAGCGCUCAAGAAAUGUGAUGGUCUUCCCCUUGCUCUUGUUACCACCGCCAGGUUCUUUCAAAGUGUAGGUAAUCCAACACCCAUGAAAUGGGCAAAAUUAUGCGCCGACCUGGGUACAUAUCUGGAGAGUGAUGAACUAUUUGCAAGAAUGAGGCGUGUGCUUGUCCAGAGCUACACCAGCCUUGAUAGCCAGGUUGCCAGGAUAUUUUUGCUCUAUUUGGGUACCUAUCCAAGUGGUCGUCCUAUCAAGAAAAAAAGACUGUUAAGGAGAUGGUUAUCAGAAGGAUUAUCCCCAGGAGACAAUGCAUGUAGUGCCCUCAACACUGCUAUUAUCAAUUUCAAUAAGCUUGUCGACCGGAGUAUCAUCCAGCCUAUGGAUGCCAGUGGUAACAACACAGAGGUGAAGACAUGCCAUACCCAUGGCAUGAUGCUGGAGUUUGUCCUGCGCAAGUCCAUGUCCGACAACUUUGUUACCGUGUUGUACAAUGGGCAGUCUAACCCAUCCAUACCCAGUAACAUCCGCCGGCUUGCUCUGCAUCAUGCAAGGCCCAGAGAAGUGCAAGGUUUAACUCUUGUCCGGUCACUGACAAUCUUGGGAGAGGCGCACCCAUCUGUCCUGGACUUCUCCAAGUAUGAACUGCUGCGAGUUUUGGAUCUGGAAGAGUGCGUUGUAUCCUUGGGGGAUGGCCAUCUCAAGUUGAUAUGCACCAAACUGUUGCUGCUGAGGUACCUAUGCCUCGGGGCCGCUGUUAUUGCUACAGCGCUUCCAAAGGAGAUCAGCAACCUUCAAGUAUUGGAUACACUAGAUGUGAGAAAUACAGCGAUAGAGAUUCUGCAAACACAAGUCCUUGAGCUGCCAUGUCUAGUUCAUCUCUUUGGGAAGUUCAAGCUCAAGCAAGAUGUAGGAGGCCGGACAAUGAGUAAGCUACAGACUUGGUUGUCAGUGAAGAGCAAAUUGGAAACAUUGGCAGGAUUUGUUUUGGACAACAGCAAGAGCCAAGAGUUUGCACAGCUCAUGUACAAUAUGAAUGAUUUGACAAAGGUGAAAAUACUGUGUGAGUCUACCGCCGACACCAGCAGCUCAAGUCAUCUCUCAAAGGCCAUCAAGGGGUUCAUUGAGAGAAGCACUGAGUCCACAGGGACUCCAUCCCUCUCACUCAAUUUUGAAGACGAGUUGACCCAAGACAUGCUGAAUUUCUCUCUGGAUAAGGGAAAGAAUCACUGCUGCUAUCUUGCCUCGCUCAAGCUGCAAGGAAGCAAGAUAUGCAGCCUUCCCUCCUUUGUUGCCUUUCUAGGUGGUCUCACUAAGCUAGGCCUUUCAACCCCUCAGCUGAGCCUUAGCCAAGAUUUUCUUGCUACCCUGAGCAAAGUGCCUGGCCUGGCGCACCUGAAGCUGCUUGCAACUAGCCUGGGCAGGCUCGUCAUCACAAAAGGUACACUUAAGAGCCUGGUACGCCUAUCCAUUCUGGUGAAAUCCAUGAUUGGUGAGCUGGAAAUCCAAGAGGGAGCUUUACCACGCCUCAGGUCGAUGCAGCUGCUAUGCAAAGAUCUGGCUGGCUCUAUUUCCGGCACGUCAGCGGUCCAUUCCCUUGGGCAUCUUGACGAGAUUGCUCUCCAUCGUGAUGUGGGAGAUGAAACAAAAAAUGAGUGGAAAGAAGCAGCAAAGAACCUCCCAGGUCGACGCCCCAAGAUAUUGUUUCUCUAG